AUGGACCCGUCCUCCUCGUCCUCGGGCGUGGCAGUGGUACCAUCCUCAUCCUCACCUGUGGGGCUACCCUCAUCAUCGAGCACGCCGCUUCUACCGGCCACAUCUUCGAGCAUCGUACUCCCCUCGUCCUCCAGCCCGACCCCAUCCUCUUCGGCAUCAUCCAGUAGCUCCAUGGCCAAUAAUCUACCCUCGUCGUCCAGCCCGACCCCAUCCUCUUCGGCAUCCUACAGUAGCCCCGCGGCCAACAAUGUACCAUCGUCGUCCAGCCCGACCCCUUCCUCAUCAUCCAUGGUACCACCGUCGUCCUCGAGCCCCGCGCCAUCAUCAUCGUCCAGCACUUCAUCUUCCACUUCGGUGGCGCCAUCCAGCACGUCCAGCGCACCUCCACCGCCUCCCCCGGCGCCCAGCAUCUUUACCACACUCGAGCUAGCGAAAGACGUCCGAAUCAAGUUCAGGCCGCGGGCCCAACCUGACACGAAUUACGCUCUGCUACUCGGACAAGAUGUCAUCGUCGGCGGGAAAGACCCGAGAAAGCUCCUCGCCAUCACUGACCCCGCCCAAUUCUAUGAGUGGGAUAUGUGGCAGGACAGAUUUGAGGGGACUUAUGUAUCGUCGUGCAAAUUGACCGUCACCGCAGCCCAGACGGCCGACGCUACUUUCAGCAUCAAGAGUUAUGAAACGCCGAGCGGUACCAGUGGUCCCGUCAAGCUCGAAUGCACCGAAGGGAUCCCGGACCCAAAUAUCCCCAGAAUCAAGAUCGAGAUGUCAGAGGGCGUAGCGCUCACUUUCACCAAUCCUCGUCUUUACCAUGGGGAGCCACAGCUAGGCGGACCAGCAAAACCUCUCAUCACUAUCGGUGGGCUGUACCCCAACGGCCGAGACAGAAUCGAUUAUACAAUAGUCUAUACGGUCCCAGAAAAAGGGACUUGGGGCUACACAAAAGGCAAAGCAGGAUCUACUCACACGUACACAUGUACGAUGACCAUCCGGGACAAUAAAGCUCAAACUGGAGAUACCGUCUUCGGCUACGCCCGCCAACCAAUCACGAACCUCUACGAUGAUAGCAACAAGGCGUACUUCGAUCUGAAUCAGGAAAGGGAGUCCGAGAAAGUGGUCGCCGAGUGCAAUUGCCACAAGAAGAAUGGGGUCUGUGUCAGUGAUCAAGAUCAUUGA